GCUACCAAAGAAAUUACUGCGUAAAAGGGAACAAAUAAAAUUCAAACAAUAAAAAAACUGGAGCAUAAACCGAAUCGGGUUUCAACCUGUCUCUUCUUCCUCAGAAGAGCUAAAUAACGCUAUGGUUUCUAUUGUGGGUUCAGCUCCUCUCAGCUUCUGCAUCCGCGAUAAUGGCGCUUCUUCUUCUUCUUCAACAUGUCACUCCACAUCGAGGAAACCAUCCGAUUCGUAUUGUUCUUUUAGUUUCAGUAGAAAGGAAUUCAAUAGAAGAAUGGUUUUUGCUUGUGUGGCGCCUCCUCAAGGGGCAAAUGAAUUUUAUUCUUCUAAUUUCAAUGGUUCAAUUAAACCUGAGAAGCUGAGCUUGGUAGGGGAGCCUGGUGAUGGGUCUGACGUGCUGAUUGAGUGCAGAAAUAUAUACAAGUCAUUUGGUGAAAAGCACAUUUUAAGAGGUGUGAGCUUCAAGAUACGUCUUGGAGAGGCUGUUGGAAUAAUUGGGCCUUCAGGGACUGGGAAAUCUACGAUCCUAAAAAUAAUGGCAGGGCUUCUUGCUCCAGAUAAGGGUGAGGUGUUAAUCCGAGGUAGAAGACGCCAUGGACUUAUCAGUGAUGAGGAAAUAUCUGGUCUCCGGAUUGGCUUAGUGUUUCAGAGUGCAGCACUUUUUGACUCCAUGACAGUUCGAGAAAAUGUUGGUUUCCUUUUGUAUGAGAAUUCUACUAUGCCCGAGGAUAAAAUUUCUCAGCUAGUGGCUGAGACCUUAGCUGCUGUUGGGUUGAAGGGUGUAGAAAACCGGCUACCCGCUGAAUUGUCUGGUGGAAUGAAGAAAAGAGUUGCUCUUGCUCGUUCUAUAAUUUUUGAUACAACAAAGAACAUUGUUGAGCCAGAGGUGCUUUUAUAUGAUGAACCAACAGCUGGACUUGAUCCGAUUGCUUCAACUGUUGUGGAAGAUCUGAUCCGAUCCGUUCAUAUGAAAGGUGAGGAUGCCCUUGGGACGCCUGGGAAGAUUGCAUCCUAUGUUGUGGUCACUCAUCAACACAGUACCAUUAGAAGAGCGGUAGACAGGCUAUUGUUUCUUCACGAAGGAAGGGUUGUUUGGCAAGGAAUGACUCACGAGUUCUCGUCAUCAACAAACCCUAUUGUUCAACAGUUUGCAUCGGGGAGCUUAGAUGGACCAAUCAAAUACCAUUAGCCACUCUGAAGAACCAUAGACUAUCUUAUCGUUGAUGUUGCUUGAUUCCACACUUUUGCAAAUAUGACCACCAUACCUUGUGAAGAGUUAGUUCAUUACACAAGAAGAAGAUGAAGAUGAAGAAGAAGAAGAGGUACGUGUUUUUUUUUGUAGUCAUGGUGAUGAAUCAUUUCGCCGUGCUACCAUUGAUCAAACUGCCAAAAUGUAUGUUUGGUAAAUAGCGCAUUUGUUUAGCUGUUAUGCCCGAAACAUUAAAAGCGUGCAACAAGCUUAUCCUUAAAACCGGAUUUCCAACAUUCUCUUUUGCAACUACAAGUGAUGAGGGGACUCUAAUU